CUACGAACUGUCAUUAUGGGCACGCAGAGCUGUCAACUCUGAAACUAACCAGCAUGCUGGCUUGUUGGUUAAUAAGCUCCACGGUAUUCCCAGCACUGUGCUAAAGUUAACUGUGGCAAUAAAACAAACCCAUGCUGCCGUUUGCGUAAUUUUAAACGGUAGGAUCAUUUUUAUGCGUGCAUUCAUCACCAUAAGCAGCCCAUUUAAUUUUACUAGGCUAGCUAUAGCUGGCUGGCUAAACAAUUCCAUUUAGCUAUCAUACAUAACCUUAGUUAAUGUUGCUACAUUCGUGUUCUUACAAAACGCAAUAACGUCACUACAUACUUCUGCUAGUUAAUGAAUGCCAAUAUGCAACAUUAUCAUGCGGUCUUUGUCUAGCUAAUGUCUGUGGUUAUUCAUUGUCAUAUUAUGACCCAUGCCAAAGGUUUUGAGAUAAUAGUAACAGGUAGCAGUCCAGGGACCUGUAUCACGAAGCAGGAUUGCUGGUUGGCUGGAUAACUGCCCUAAGUAAAACCCAUAAACCUCUUGAAUCUGGAACAUGGACUGAAGUAAAAAGAGCUGUCCCAGGUUUUAUCCAUCUCUAAAUAAUCCUAAUUCAUGAUUCAGGCCUGAUCUCUUCCAGCUGUCAACAUUGAAUCAAGAGGUACCCGAUGGCGGUGCUGAACCUGUCAUUUGCGGCCUGCGGGUUUAUGGGGAUUUACCAGCUGGGCGUGCUGGGAGCUUUCCUGAGGCACGGAGAGAGGCUGCUGCAGACCGUGCAGGUGUGCGCUGGGGCGUCUGCGGGGGCGCUUGUUGCAACCGUGCUGGUCACUGCACCAGACAGGCUGGAGCACUGCAAGGAGUUUACGUACAGAUUUGCCAGUGAGGUGCGGAGGCAGAAGCUGGGAGCUGUGACACCAGGAUAUGAUUUUAUGCUCACACUAAGGGAAGGGAUAGAAGAGAUCCUGCCGCCCGAUGCCCACCAGAUGGCCGGGGGCCGCCUGCACAUAUCUCUCACAAACUCCAGAACCAGGAGGAACCGCAUGGUGUCCCAUUUCGCCUCCAGGGAGGAUCUCAUCAAGGUUCUGCUUGCCAGCAGCUUCGUGCCUGUUUAUGCUGGAAUCAAAGCUGUGGAAUACCAAGGCCAGCGCUGGAUUGAUGGUGGGCUGACGGACAGCCUGCCAAUUCUGCCGGAGGGACGUACCAUCACCGUGUCCCCGUUCAGUGGACCCCAGGACAUCUGCCCCCAGCACGUUGGCCUGGCAAACCUCCACCUCAAACUCGCCAACAUGGACGUGAUCCUUUCUACAGACAACUUUAAAAGGCUCAAUCAAGCUUUGUUUCCGCCAACGCUGGACAGAAUGAAAACUAUUGGCCAAGAAGGAUACUACGAUGCAGUGAGGUUUUUGAGAAAAGAAAACUGGUUCAGUUAGCUUUUUAUUGUUAAUUUUUAUCAUUUUUAAAAAUGAUUUUAUCUAUAUCCAAUGUUUAAGCCGGUGUUUUGGAGCAGAAAUGAGAAAAUUCUUGGAGUGCAUUAUAGGUGAACGUUCCCAGUUGGGACCAGGUUUGAGGGCUCUGAAAAUGUCUCAUCACCAUUAUAAUAGUUGGGUGACAUUUUGGGCCUUUCAUGACACGAGGUAAAUAAGGAAUGGACUGGUUCUCUAUCCUGCGAUUUGGGUUGUUGCCAUGGAAAUACCGAUUGUAACUAGCCAGUGGUGACAAGGAGGUCUGCCACACCUGCCAGGCCAUGUAGACAAGGACAGGAAAUGGUAGGCAGCAAGUUCUUUUGAAGUGCAGAUACUGUGGCACUUGUCUGGCCAAUCGAAGGGCAGGAGGUUAGAACAGAGGUCAGAGGUCAGUGUGAUCAGAACCACGGCUGCUGAUCUGACAGGAAAUUGUCUUAUGGGAGAGAUCUGGUGUACAAGGCUUAUACAACUAAGAAAAGUGAUGGCGCCAGGUUUAAGGUAAUUGGCUUUCAGUUGUAUGGAAACCCCAUAACACUGCAAGGUAUGAACUAAAAAUAUACACAUGUGCUUUAGGUUCAUUGUAAAAUUAAUUUUCUGGAACACACACACAUGCAUACACACAUAAUGAUAUGACUCUACCUAUCAAGUUUAAUUGCAAACAUUUUUAUAUAUUUUAUUGGUGUGAUGCAGUAUACAAUUUUACCCAAAACAUUAGUGGGUUAGAGUACAUUUGUAUUUUUACAUGUGCCGUUUUAAUUUCAACAUAUGUUUCCAAAGGGAACCUAAACCUGCAUGUUUUUGUUACAAUUUUCAGAACAAAUUAUGCAGAACGGGAACUUGAUCAGCCGGUCCACCAUAACAAAGGUGAUUUCAGCCACAAGAAAUGCCAGAGCACUACAUAGAUAAGAGUAAUAAAAUGCAUGAAAUAUUUGAGGAGGCAUCAACCCACAGACACUACUGUAAUGGUAGUAUCUGUGGGUUGACAGAUACUACAUUAUAUUAAACUAAAAUUUGACAAACUAUUUUUGUUCAGACAAAGAAAUGCAUUAGUAAAUUUAGGAUUUUAAAUAGAGCACACAGAGAAUUUUGAAUAGUUAAUAAUCAAAUGUAUGUUGUGUCUUCGGGUAAUUCAUGCUCUCCCUGAAAGAUAGAUCUUUCGCUUGCAUCACUGUGGUCCAGAGGCCACGACUCUGAGGCAAGCUAUUUACACAAAAAUAGGCUCACUACCUCAAAGAGGUGGUCAUCCAGUUCACAUAAAAUGGGAUGGUUUCUAUAUGUGAGAGCAAACAGUUCUGUUAUCUGUAGAUUCCUUUUCACCUUUAAAAAAAGGGUUUUACUGGACACAUUAUGCAUCAAUAGCUCAAAUCAGCACUAAUUGUUGUGUUUGCAUUUGACAUCUGAUUUUGUGUUGAUAUACUUUAACCCCUUCACUUUUUACUAGGACUGUGCUACGAGCAUGUUGUAAGACUGUUUCAUUGUCACUAUGUCUCCUAUCAAGAUAUCUUCGGCAUUAGUUUCAAGUAUCUUGUGUAUAUUACCUUUUUAAAUGACUCAGAAAUGGUUGCUUGUUUAUAGUGAAAAUGCAUGUUUUAUAAAAUCCAGAAGAUGAAACAA